AUGGCCAUCUUCAGCGCGGUCCCGCCUCCUUCAGACACGCCCUCGCAGGGCGCGACUUCGCAAGCCCUGCCGCAUCACGGGCAUUCUGCGUCUGGCACAAUUGACAUCGAGGCAUGGACUGUGUCGGCUCUCGAGUCGCUUAGCGUCUCCCCGAUCGCGAGGGGCACCGGGACCCCGCUGGCCAUCCCCCUCGACGAGCACGGCAACCCGCGCUCCGCCAACGCGACUGCGGCAGGUAUCACAGGGGAGCGUCGUGUCACCAUCGCCCUUGAUGGAGAUGCAGCUGCCGUGACGCCUCCUCGUCGGCCCCCCUCUCGCCGCGACUCGAUGCGCCGCAGGGAGGCCCUCCUGAAAGGCAAGGAGGGCAGCCGGCAGAGGAGGCGGUGGGAUAUGGCUCGUCUCUGCGAUGUGCCGAACGUCGAGCCCCCGCUGCCCUCCGAUUGGGAAGUGCAUCCCACCCACGUCGUCCGUCAUAUUCCGUACCAUAUUGCGCAGUAUUGGGACAAAGGUCUUCAGCAACAGGUUGAGGAGAAGAAGGCGGCGGUGGCUCUGCAACGGAAGAAGCGGGCUGGUGACGCUGGCAAGGUGCCCCGGGACCUGCGCGAUAAGGUUAGGCAUAAGCCGGGCCUCAAGGGCUGGGUGCGUGUUCUAGAGGAGCCCGUGCGCCAGUUCCUCGUUGAGCGUGGUGUUGGCGAGGAGAGACGCGAGGACGAUGAUGACAGCCUUGAUUCCGAGGAUGACCAGAUCGUCUUCGUUGGGCGGAAUGGGUCUAUGCGCGACGGCGGCAAGCGAGACGGCUGGAAGCGGGCGCAUCGAGAAGUCCACGAGAAGCCGGUCGACGCCGGCAUGGUUUUUGAUUCGUUAGAGGAUGACGAGAGUGGUGCCUUCAAGCGUUGGCUUACCCACUCCAUCUCCGACUACUACGGGCUUGAUUCGAGAUCUAUCACGAUGGGUAACCCCUCACGCAGAGUUGUCUAUAUCGGCAUCAAGGACGCAGAUAUCCGGAAACCGCAAGUGCGACCGGAGCUUCCACGACCCUUGUGGGAGCUUUUCUGA